AAAUAAGUCUGAAUAAUUAGGUCACAUUUUUUGGCCAUUAUGACUUGUUUUACAGGUUCUGUUAUAGUUUGAGCAGGGGGAGUUUUAGAAAGGGAGAAACCUCAGAGAAACUCUGUAUUGCCUGGGUGUGAGCCAGGUCACAUGGAUUGGGUGUGGGAAGUUUCAGUGUUACAGAAUAGACCAGGAAGCACACUGAAAAUUAUCUUGAGCUGUGUUGACAAACUGACAAAAGAGAACACGGAAUUUUUAUUGAAAAUGGAUUGGUUAAACGUCUUUAAAGAUUUUUUCAGAAUUGGAAAAGUGAAAAGAAAACCUAGUGUACCAGAUUCUGCAUCUCCAGCUGAUGAUAGUUUUGUUGACCCAGGGGAACGUCUUUAUGAUCUCAACAUGCCUGCUUAUGUGAAAUUUAACUACAUGGCUGAGAGGGAGGAUGAAUUAUCAUUGAUAAAAGGGACAAAGGUGAUCGUCAUGGAGAAAUGCAGUGAUGGGUGGUGGCGGGGUAGCUAUAAUGGACAAGUUGGAUGGUUCCCUUCAAACUAUGUAACUGAAGAAGGUGACAGUCCUUUGGGUGACCAUGUGGGUUCUCUGUCAGAGAAAUUAGCAGCAGUCGUCAGUAACCUAAAUACUGGUCAAGUGUUGCAUGUGGUACAAGCUCUUUACCCCUUCAGUUCGUCCAAUGAUGAAGAACUUAAUUUUGAGAAAGGAGAUGUAAUGGAUGUUAUUGAAAAACCUGAAAAUGACCCGGAGUGGUGGAAAUGCAGGAAAAUCAAUGGAAUGGUUGGUCUGGUGCCAAAGAACUAUGUUACCAUUAUGCAGAAUAAUCCAUUAACCUCAGGUUUGGAACCAUCACCUCCGCAGUGUGAUUACAUUAGGCCUUCACUCACUGGGAAGUUUGCUGGCAAUCCUUGGUAUUAUGGCAAAGUCACCAGGCAUCAAGCAGAAAUGGCAUUAAAUGAAAGAGGGCAUGAAGGGGAUUUCCUUAUUCGUGAUAGUGAAUCUUCGCCAAAUGAUUUCUCAGUAUCACUGAAAGCACAAGGGAAAAACAAGCAUUUCAAAGUCCAACUAAAAGAGACUGUCUACUGCAUUGGGCAGCGUAAAUUCAGCACAAUGGAAGAACUUGUAGAACAUUAUAAAAAGGCACCAAUUUUUACAAGUGAACAAGGAGAAAAAUUAUAUCUUGUCAAGCAUUUGUCAUGAUGCUGAUGACCAGAAAUGACUGCUGCAUAGCUUUAAUUUGUCAUGUAAUUGAAGACUUAGAAGAUGGUGGUCCAGUCAUGCUUGAUUGGAAAUUGUGUUUUCUAACUCUACAUGAGAUUUGACUAAAAUACAUAAGUAUUUUUAUUAUAACUCAGCCCGUACACACACACACACGCUAUGUAUGCAUCUGCAUAGAACAAUUCCUAUCCUUGGUCUUGUGUUUUAUUGUUCUUUUAUUGUUUUUUCUCUCUGCUUCUAAUAUUAAUGUUUUGUAUCUUGAAAAGAAUCAAAUAAUGCAGAUCAAAAGUUUUUAUAUGAAAGAAUUCCUUUAUUUGCAUUUCCUUUAUUUCCUUGUAAAGGCACCCUAUUCUGCCAUAAUUUCUCUUCAUAUAAAAGUAUUAUAUCUAUAUAUGACAUAUGCUAAAA